UUGUUUGAAGAAACCAAAAUAAAAUGGAAAGUGGUGGACUUGGAGGUUAUAUUGUUCAGCAUCCAGCGUAGAUAAUCUAUAAUUACCUUGGGCGUCUUGUAAACAAGCUUACUCAAUCGUAGCAGCUUCAGUAACUGUAGCCAGAAAGUAUCCGAGUUCGGGGCCUGGGGUUCGUCGCUCAAGGUCUCCUCUCCUCCGAGUACAAAUAGCGGACCAAAUCUGGAAAAAUAACAUUGCUAUCGGUCAUCAUGGCUCGGAUUAUCCUGACGUUAAGUCUAGUAGUGUGCGGAUGUUGGGCUCAAGGCAUAUACCCACCACCUGCCCCAUAUCCUGCUCCAUACCCUACACCAUACCCUCCUCCUGCUGGUCCAUAUCCUCCUCAUUUUCCUUCAUCGCCAUCUGUUCCCACCCUUGCUUCUCCUCCUUCCCUUCCAUCUUCUUCGGGGAAUCUCCCCAGUUUCACACCCCCUCAAGCCUCGCCCGUAUCGCCUUCUAAUCAGCCUCCUCCAGGGGUGGCAAUAGCUCCACCAGGACCAGAAGCUUUCGCACCACCUCCACCCCCCAGCUUUUCUUCCUCAAGUAUUUCCAUCCCCUUGCCAGAAGGCACACCACUGUACAGAUUCCUGAAGUACUCGCCCGCUGCGUCCUACGGACUUCCAAGCUUUUAGUUUUGUAGGCGUAGGACACCUAUAAUGAGGCUGUUAUAUUUAAUUGUUUAUAUCAAGUAUUAAAUUGUUGUUUAUUUUACUAGUCAAAAA